AUGGCGCUUCCCAAGGGCAUGCGCUACUUGGCUGGCGCCACUGUCUGCAUUUUGCUUUAUCUAUUCGUGCAGAUUCUCCAUGCACCCAAUUCCGAGACACCAAUAGAGAUUCCGAGCAAGCUUCCGAGCAAGCUUCCGACCAACAAGUUCGGCGAUUGGGAUCAUGACCCUCAAUUGGAUCCUUCUGGAGAACCUCCCGAGCCGCUCCGACGCAUCGAUGGUGACAACUACGCCCCGAAUAACCCUUCGAGCGCCCGUAUCAACGCGACGAUUCUCAGUUUGGUGCGAAAUGAGGAGCUCGAAGAUAUGCUGAAGAGUAUGCGCGAUCUUGAACGCACGUGGAAUCACAAGUUCAAUUAUCCUUGGACCUUCUUCAAUGACAAGCCCUUUACCGAAGAGUUCAAGAAGGCCACACGCGCAGCCACCAAUGCCGAAGUACGAUACGAGCUAGUUCCUGCCGAACACUGGGAUAUACCGUCGUGGAUCAAUAUGGACCUGUAUCGCGAGUCGGUUUCGCUGCUCACAUCGUUAGAGGUCCAAUACAUGGAGAAGCAGUCAUAUCACCAAAUGUGUCGAUGGAACAGCGGCAUGUUCAGCGAGCAUCCUGCACUCAAGGAUAUUCAAUACUACUGGAGGGUGGAACCAAAUGUUCACUUCUUUUGCGACAUCGACUAUGACGUGUUUGCGUGGAUGCAGGACCACAACAAGACGUAUGGCUUCAAUAUCAACAUCUACGACAACGCCGACAGUGUCGCAACAUUAUGGCCGGAAACCAAGAAGUUCAUAGAUGACAAUCCAGGAUACGUACAUCCUAAUAACGCGCGAGAGUGGCUAGAGGACGGCCAGCGUCGACCUGAGAACAACCAGAAAGCCCAUGGUUACUCCACAUGCCAUUUCUGGUCGAAUUUCGAGAUAGGCGACCUGAGUUUCUGGCGGAGUAAAAAGUAUCGCGAAUACUUUGAUCAUCUCGACCGCGCUGGAGGCUUCUUUUACGAACGCUGGGGUGAUGCACCAGUUCACAGUGUCGCGCUUGGAUUGUUCGAAGAUAAGAACAAGAUACACUGGUUCAGAGAUAUCGGAUACCAGCACAUACCCUUCUUCAACUGCCCGAACAACCCAAAAUGCUCCGGUUGCGUCACGGGUCGAUUCACAGAUGGCGAGAAGUGGCUCAACAGGGAAGAUUGUCGGCCGUUGUGGUUCAAGUACGUCGGCAUGGAUUGAAGGCGUGUCAUAUCGUUGAUCGUUCCACGCGCUUUGUGAGAUAAUGCAGAGCUUUGUAUUGGCUUAGUGUAUAGUAGGUAUGGCUUUAAGUCACCAGGUUCAUCCAUGGAGGAUUGUUUUCUCUGCGCUUAAGGCGUUUUGCGUGGCCUAAUAUCUAGCGGCUCUCAUUUCGGCAACAUAGUUUUACAUGGCUUAAUAGCUUAUAUACCAUAGACGCAAUGACAUUUACGAU